GGCGGAGGUGCGCGGCGCUCUCAGACCAAGACGACGAAAGGGAAGAGAGAAGCCCGCGACUACAAGGAGGAAGAGAAGGAGGAGGAGAGAAGAAGCUGCAGAGAGUGGAGCCCGGAGGAUGGCGAACCGUUGCUGACACUUUGGGAAUCCAAAAAACACACGCACACGGAGCUGAGAAGCGCACGGGGAGUGUCACACUUGGACUCUUUUGGCAUCUUUUUUUAAAUACAUAUUUUUUUUCGCCUGGGAAGUAACGCGGGAAAGCCGCCGAUGGGCCGCCUUGCUGUUUGGUUUCCGGUUCUGGCCGCCCUGUUCGGGUGCGGCUGGGCCGGAGGGCACCGGAGAGACGUGGAUGCAGCCGGCAUCCCGCCGACUUCUUUGGAAACGCCGUCCACGGAGCGGGUCGAGGCGGCCGAGAGCAUCGAUCAAUCCGUCGCCGACCAGGACAGCAGUCCGUGCCGGAGGACUUACUGCGGUCGCGGCCGCCAGUGCGUGCUGAUGGCGACGACCGGCCGCGCAGAGUGCGUGUGUCAGGAGAAGUGCCGCGCGUCCUUCGUGCCGGUGUGCGGCUCGGACGGACGCUUCUACGAGAACCACUGCGAGGUUUACCGAACUGCCUGCGCGGAGAGGAGGCGCAUCUACGUGGUGCACAGCAAGGACUGCUUCUUCAAAGGUAACGCGUGCACCAUGUCGGAGUACAACCGUCUGAAGAGCUUGCUGCUGGAUAUGAAGACCACCCGGGGAAACCCUGAAACGGAACGCAACCGGCAGAGGGACAUGGAGGCCAGGCGGGCGCUGGUGGACACCAUGUUCAAGUACUUGGAUGUGAACCACGAUGGACGACUGGUUGCCGAGGAACUGGAGAAGAUCUCCAUGAAGGAGCACGUGGACGACACCUUACUGCACUGCACCAUGCAGGAUCUUCUGCGCUACGACGACUACAACAACGACCGACACCUCAGCCUGCAGGAGUUCUACACCGCCUUCCAGGUGGUCCAGCUGAGCCUGGCGGAGGACCAACGGGUCAGCGUCUCGGCGGUGACGGUGGGCCUGAGCGCCGUGCUCACCUGCGCCAUUCAGGGGACCCUGCGGCCGCCCAUCAUCUGGAAGAGGAACGGCGUGGUUCUCAACUUCCUCGACCUGGAGGAUAUCAAUGACUUUGGGGACGACGGCUCGCUCUACAUCACCAAGGUGACGACCAUUCAUAUGGGGAACUACAGUUGCCAUGCCUACGGGUACGAGGACAUCUCCCAGACGCACGUGCUGCAGGUCAACGUCCCGCCGGUGAUCCUGGUGUACCCGGAGACGCAGGCCCAGGAGCCCGGCGUGUCGGCCAGCUUGCACUGCCGCGCCGACGGCAUCCCCGAUCCCAAGCUGGUGUGGCUGAAGAACGGCGUGGAGCUGCAGCCGCGCUCCGCCAAGCAGCUUUCUCUCAAAGCUAACGGCAGCGAGCUGUUCAUCGGCAGCGUCCGCUACGAGGACACGGGCGCCUACACCUGCAUCGCCAAGAACGAGGUGGGCGUAGAUGAGGACAUCUCGUCGCUGUUUGUGGAAGAUUCCGCCAAGAAGACACUGGCAAACAUUCUGUGGCGAGAGGAAGGUCUGAGCGUGGGCAACAUGUUCUACGUGUUUUCCGACGAGGGCAUCACCUUGCUGCAGCCCAGCCAGUGCGAGAUCCGCCGGCAAAUCAAGCGCACCGAGAGGAUCGUCGCUACAUACGAAGAGAUGUGCCCCAAAGGCGAGGGGCCGUCCCCUCAGCGCUGCGUGUGGUCGUCGGCGGUCAACGUCCGCGAGAAGUACGUCUAUGUGAGCCAGCCCCUCCAGAGCCGACUCCUGGUCGUGGACAUCCAAGCGCAGCGUGUGGUGCAGGCAGUCGCGACAGAUCCGUUUCCCGUGAAAAUGCUCUAUGACAAGUCACAUGACCAAGUGUGGGUGCUAACGUGGGGUGACAUGGACCGGAUGCGCCCGACGCUCCAGGUAAUCCCUCAAGCCAGCGUGGGUGAAGUCCAUCACACCAUUCGAACCUCCUUCCAGAGGGUCAGCGACUUCUUCAUCCCGCCGACCAACCUCAUCAUCACUCACGUGAGGUUCGCCUUCGUCUUCCUCCAAGACGAGCCGGCGGUGCACAAGGUGGACCUGGAGACCUUGCGGCGCGUAAAGACCAUCAGUCUGAAGGACUAUAGCUGCGUUCCGGCCAGCAUGGCCUACACGCAUCUGAGCGGCGUCUACUUUGUCCAGUGCCGGGGUGGAAAAGCCCAGCUCCUGGUGGACGCCGUGACGGACGCGGUGGUGGGGCGCAACCGUGACCUCACCGGACGGGCUUUCGUGUCGCCGGACGGCCGCUACAUCGUGACGCCCAGCGGCGGCGGCGCCCGUCUGACAGUGCAAACGGUCUCCUUUCAGGGGGAGAUGCGCCUCCGACAAGAAACGGAUGACCCCGUGGCCACCUCGGACUUGGUCUUCCAGCCCUCCUUCACCGCGUCCAACAGAUACAUGGCGGUGGCCGCCUCGGAUUCCACCGCGGACCUGCUCUUCGCCGACCUGUCCUCGGGACACAGCGAGGUCCUCCGGGGCCUCAAGGAGCCACUGGGCCCUCGGAGUUGGCCCUGGGGGCCCCCCUACCGGGUGGUGGUCUCCAGCGGCCCGUUCGGACAGUACCUGUUGACGCCGUCGGCCGAGUCCCUCUUCAUUCUGAACGGCAAACAGAGAACGCCGCACUGCGAAGUGUCGGACGUCACGAGGGGCAACACGGUGGUCUGGGUCGGCGAGGUAUGAGUAGAAAGUAGGACUUCAUUUCAAAUAAGAGGCCCGGUAUUUCAUUACAGAACAAGGAGGAUCACAUGUGUUGGGUGUUAAAAAAAAAAAAACAAAAACAAAACAAAACAAAAAAAAAAUCAUUGUUGUGAUAGUCCCGCUGGGAGAAAGUGUCAAUGAUGUUCAGUGCGACACAAUUGUACAUGAUUGCACUUCCCUUCCGUGUUAUCACAGCAAGUUAGGGACCCGACCAGGGGUUACCACACGAACUAUGCACAAUGCUCACUUUUUUAGAGUAAAAAAAAGCUUUCAGAUUGUUUUUUUUUUGUUUUUCUCUGUGUGUGUGUGUGUGUGUUGCGCGUCUUCACCAGUGCUAACCACAAAGCAUCCGUCAGUCAGUCAAUGUCCGCAUUUUGUGUCCGUGAGUCCUUUUUAGAUGCUGUAUUCUCCCCGCCCGGCCCCACCUUUCGUAUACGUCACCCGAUUGUGUGUUUCCAAAAACAAGCGACGUUAGCUCCUCUCCUGCUUACUUUGGAACUGCAGACCUUUGAAAUUCCACUCACGGCGGCGACAAUUUAUAUGCGCUUGAGCUACGACAUCGAGCUAGCAAAGCAGCACGGAACGGCCUGAUAACAAUCAAUGAGUAUCAAUCAAGUUAAGAAAAUAGUACAGCUGAGGGGUUCAACCGAUUUGUCGACAAAUUGGCUUACCUACUGCGCAUUGACGUUGAACUCAUUGCCGAUCAAGCAUUUUUUUUUGGCUUCUCGUCUUCCAAUCAGACAAUUUACAGGCGACCUUUGACCCGGCCGUCGCCAGCAUAAAACACUUACUGGAGCAGCGAAAUAGUCACGAUAUAGUUAAUAGUAAACAAGGCAGCAUAGUCUUCAUUCAGCUGCGCUGGUCCGAGAGUACAAAAAUAAACUUCGUCUAGCAACAAAUCUGGGAACUUGGUUGUGGUGAAUUUAGUCGACUCUGAAUCUCAGCUAUAGUCCAAGCAGGAGAUGUUCACAUGUAAUCACGCUCACGAAAGCCUCUCAUUACCUUAAGCUAAUGCAGGAGAAAUAUCAUCAUUAAUUAAAGGAAUUGUUGGUUCAUAAAUACACAAAAAAAAAAGUCCAGGACAAAAAAAAAAAGUGAGCGCACCGACUUGUGCCGCAUGACCAAAACAUGAGGUUUGUCGGUCGAGUUCCUGGAACUUUUCUUGUAUUCUUACACCACCCAUUAAACUGGAACCUCAAAACUUUGUGUGGUGAUAAAACAAGCCCCCCCCCCCCCGCCCACUCAAUCAUGAUCAUCUGCGAGCUUUAGGCUAGCAAAUGAGCUUACAAUCCUGUUUUACAAACACUCGCAGCCUGGUGUUUUAUUUCAUUUAUUUUGAAAUAACUUUGGCUGACUUAUCAACACGAUACUGUACAGAAAAAAAAAACCCCGGAAUAAUGAGCUGCAAAUUCUCAGCGACGUAAAUGGCUAAACGUGUUGGAACUGACCCCGAUUUGUGGCUGGAUUCAGGCUGCUAAACUUCGUCUGAAGUGACCAUCGUGGCAGCUGGAGGUCGCCGACAUAUCUAUUUCAUUAGCGAUUCAAUUCUGCGUACGGAGUCGAGACCGUUGCGAGAUGUGCAUGCCAGCGAAAUCGGUUGCCCCGAUCCGCCAGAUACCUCUCAGUGGACCCUCCUCGUCGUUUAAAGGUGGGGGGGGGGGGGGGGGGGGGGGGAGAAAAAUGUGGACAAGGG